UCUCCUCCCAGCUGAAUCUUGGUGUUAUGUUUUUACAGCACAUUGACCAUUAAUACCAGCCAAUCCAACAAAACAUGAAGACUAAAACCAAAGGAAAGAAACAAAGGCAAACCACUGACAAAGAAGCGUUUUCCGAAGAGCCAGCAAUGAGAAAAAAGGAACUGGUGAAAUGUUUGCGGCGCAAAGAAAGGAGGAAUGGAGGAAACAAGGAGAGCAGCAAGAGCCCUCCAGGCAGAGGCAGGCGUGCUUGGAGCAGCAAGGACAGGCUGCUGAGGAGGCUGGAGAGCAACGAGCGUGAGAGGCAGAGGAUGCACAAACUCAACAACGCCUUCCAGGCCCUGCGCGAGGUCAUCCCUCACGUGAGGGCUGAGAACAAACUUUCCAAAAUAGAGACUCUCACUCUGGCCAAAAACUACAUUAAAUCCUUGACCUCCAUUAUACUCAAUAUGUCCAACGGACACUUUCCAACAGUAGAAGGGAUGGGGGGAGCCUGGGGAUCCAAAUUGUACCAGCAUUAUCAACAGCAGCAUGGGGAGGAUGACCAUGAGGAAAAUCUACAGAAAUAUUCCACAUAGAUUCAUAACUUCAGCCAAAACACCAACUGCCAGAUACUACUGCCAUUGUUCUUC